AUGGCUCAGCCCCCGCCCCCACAAGUCAGGCCUGGACACGGCCGCAGAAAAAGGUCCCCCGUCAACAUGCUGACACGUGGGCUUGUUCUGCUGGUUUUAGUGUUAGCCGUAGCGGAGGCGGCUAAACAAGGUAAUGUGGAUUUUAUCGGUGAGUGGAACUUCCGCGAUUUACCGUCAAUAUCUAAUCAAAUACAAAACUUCAUUUCCGGCAAAAGUACCACUCAGUUCUUGCAACCUGUGUCGGAUAAAUCGAAAUCUCCGCUAAUGACGAAACAACCUGGCGGUAAGCCAUUUCCGGUAAAUAGGCCUAAAAUCCCAAGUCCUGCUCCGUCCUUCAGUAUCCAUGGAUACAGCCAAUAUCUGAAUUAUCCCAAGGUACGAAAGCUACAGAUUGUUCCGCGAAUGAAGGCUAGAGAGAGAAUAUUCAUACGCAGCAAAUUAGAAUCUGCACAGACUUCAAAUGCACCCGGGCCACAAAAUUUGGCAAUGAUUCAAGAACCGCUCAAUCAUCCCCAGCAACAAUUCCUGCCACAUCGACCACCCCCACACCCACAGUCCAGGUCGCAGACCGGGCCUCCUAAUAAACAGGCACCUCCUACGUUCGCAAAACAAACAUCACCGCCAACACAGCAAGCGUGGUCCCGUCUGACCCCUUCACCCCGCCAUGUUGCAUUCCCUGGAAAUCAAGGUCAAGUGCAACAAUCUCAUCCUCAGAAACCCUUUCAUCCUCCUAAACAGCAGCUUUACAGUCCAUCGACACUCCCACAGCAACAACACUUCUAUCCUCAGCAAUUUCAUACAGCACCUCAGUCUCAGUUCCUCCAAUCUACAUCACAAUUUCAGUCUCCUCAACCGUCAUAUCACAAUAUUCCCAUGCUACAAAACCAACAAUCUCCAACGCAAAAACCCAAACAACAGCAACGAAAAAAUACACCACCCACGCAAGCUGUGCAUGAGCAGAGAUCUACCAAACCAUCUCCUCGGGCUCCGCCAAGACAGCCCGCUCAUCAACCUCAGUAUGCUGUACCACAACAGCAGCUGCUACAGUCGCAUCCACAGAAUGCAAUGUUGCAGCAAUACGCCCCACCCAUGUUUUACCCUCAACUCAACCAUCCACCAAUGUAUCAACCUCCUCGUAAACCACACACGGCUAGACCAACAACUACCGCCACAACAACCACCACAACUGCACCGGAGAGGGAAGCAGAAACGGAAAUCAAAUCAAGAAGGAGGAAGCCAACCACGAAAGCGAAGCCCAAGUUUCAGCCAAUGGCGCAAACUCCAGCACCACUGCAAACUCAGUAUUUGCCUUUACCACAAGCUCUGGCACAGUUACAAACUCAGUAUAUGUCAAUGUCUCAAGCUCAAGCACAACCACCAACUCAGUAUAUACCAUUACCACAAACUUCAGCAAAACCACAAACUCAGCAUAUACCAGUACCACACGCACCAGCACAACCACAAACUCAGUAUCGACCAAUACCACAAGCACAAACUCAGUAUCUGCAAAUACCACACGCUCCAGCACAACCACAAACUCAAUAUCUGCCAUUACCACAAACUUCAGCAAAACCACAAACCCAGCAUAUAUCAGUACCACAAGCUCCAUUACGACCACAAACUCAGUAUCUGCCAAUACCAUCAGCCCCAGCACAACCACAAACUCAAUAUCUACCAAUACCAUCAGCCCCAGCACAACAUCAACAACAAUACAUACCACUCCCUCCACCUCUUGUCCAACAACAAGGUAAGUUUCUACCGCAAUCCCAGCCACAACAGUAUUUACCAAUCCCACAGGUUCAUCAACCGCAAAUGCCUGUACAGCCUGCAGCACACCCAGCACAUCCCCAGUGCAACUACUGGUACAUUGACAGAGCAGUGUAUAAGUGGUUCCCCUGCCAGCUUCCGAGGACUGGCCCACCACCGACCACUCAACGACCGGUUACUACUCCUACAACAACGACCACUACUACUACCACCACCACCACCCCCGCCCCCACCACCGCCGCGCCCACCAAGCCAGCCCCUACUGCUCCUCUGGUUUUUAAUGCCCCGACUCUUCCUGUGCAGUACACUUCACCUCAGUGUGACUACUGGUAUAUUGAGAACGGUGUUUACAAGUGGUGGGCGUGUACCACUACGUUACCUCCCACUACCACACAAGCACCAAUGGGAUUAUUCGAUUUUCUUUUCUUCGGGUCUCCGACACAACCACCUCAACCAGCGAUUGCCCACAAUCCACAAUUCAAUAUGUCUCCUCUGUGGAAACGGUCCCCCGUGAAGUUCGACAUUACUUACAAAGAAGUGGAGAAGGCAAAAUAA